UACAGGCAAAAUCUCAUGAUCCUGCCUGCUCACAUAUAGUAACUUCACAUUUAUUUAAUUGUACUGAUGGAGUUUUGCAGGCUCUUUCACCCAUCAUUAAAGUCAUCUAUUAUAGGUCAUCUUCACACCUGGUGUCUGAAAGCAGCAAGAUGUGUCCAAGUCUACAACAGCAGUGAGGAGGAUCUUAUGUCACUGAAAGGGUUAAGAUUGUUCCAGAAGAAUGAACUUUCUGCUUGCAGUUUAUACUGCUCAGAUGCAACGGUAGCUAAUGAAGCAACAUAGUGCAUAGCACUGACAUUGUGAAAUCGUGUGUUUCCCUCAUAAGAAGAUGAUAAGAUUUGACGCAUACAACACCAAGAGCUGAUUUAUGGUCAUGUUAAUACAUUCUUGGUAGCUGUACGAGCCAAUAGAUUUUGUACUGAGCUGAGAUAACCAUUAGACAGUGUUGUACCUCUCGUAAUAGCCAAACAUUUCCUAGACUGUCAUCUGUUGGGAUAUGUAGAUUUCCAUCUCACGAUUGUCAUCCUCUGUGAUUUACAUCUGUCAACUUCUGUUCCCAUAGUAUCCAGCCAUGGCUCUCAUACUCUAUCACUCCUCCUCUAUUCUUAAGGAUCAUUUCCGAAAUGCAAGGACAGCAAGUACUGUAUGACUGGAUCACAUGAGUGGUAAUGUACUGAGUCCAAGUCUCUAGCAACAUGCAGCUUGCACAUAGUGACACUGUUUGCUCCUGUUAUUGGGAUGCUCUUUUUAGAGAGUUAUUUUUGCUGCCUGCGUAAGUGCACAUGUUGCCAUUAGAUUCCUCGAAUGCAGAAUAUGGUGCUGGUGGAUUUAAACCCUUAUAUUAUCAUACUUGCCUACAGUGGAGGGAGUCAGACUUCAUCGCUUUGAUGCCUGUUGGAAGUGAAGGUUUUAUUAGGACUCUUUGAAAAUAGGUGUGCUUCAUCCCCCGUGCCUUGUGCUUGACUGCUUUUGGAUCGGCAUUUGCAAUAUAUUGUACAUAUAGUAAGUGAAGCAGGAGAGGCUGCAUUACUUGAAGCUGAGCACAAUUACAAUAAAGGUGCAGGAUCUUUUCUCCAGAUGUAACUAGCACUGAUCUAAGGAGCCUGCCUUGUUCCCUCUUUUAGAAGCACUUAUGUCAGUGCCAUGUGAAUCUAAAAAAAAUAGCCAUUUUGCUGUACUUUGAAGAAAAGGAAUCUAUGCCGUGGAUAUUUUUUUUUUUUUUUUGUAUAACUGUUUUUUUUUUUAAACUAAAUUGCCUCUGUUUGCACCCACUGCAGUCAUGUCUGCUAAGCUCUGCUUAGUGCUUUUCCUCUUAUUGUCAGUUUUCCAAGCCUGUUCCAGAAAAAUUGAAGAUGAUGAAUAUGAAGACUUAGCAUUAAACCAAAAAUGGGUGCUGGCUCCAAAAACUCAAGACACAGAUGCCACACUGAUCCUCAACAAGUUGCUGAAGGAAUAUGACAAGAAACUGAGACCUGAUAUUGGAAUUAAGCCUACAGUUAUCGAUGUGGACAUAUAUGUUAACAGCAUUGGACCAGUAUCUUCAAUAAACAUGGAAUACCAAAUAGACAUAUUUUUUGCUCAAACAUGGACUGACAAUCGUCUCAGGUUCAAUAGCACCAUGAAGCUUUUAACUCUCAACAGCAAUAUGGUUGGAUUAAUAUGGAUUCCAGACACAAUUUUUCGGAAUUCUAAAACUGCUGAAGCUCAUUGGAUUACAACUCCAAAUCAACUUCUACGAAUAUGGAAUGAUGGAAAAAUUUUGUAUACAUUAAGGCUCACAAUCAACGCUGAAUGUCAAUUACAACUGCACAACUUUCCCAUGGAUGAGCAUUCGUGCCCACUCAUAUUUUCAAGCUAUGGUUAUCCAAAGGAAGAGAUGAUUUAUCGAUGGAGGAAAAACUCAGUAGAAACGGCAAAUCAGAAAUCAUGGAGGCUUUAUCAGUUUGAUUUUAUGGGCCUUAGGAAUACUACCGAUAUUGUGCAAACAUCAGCAGGUGAUUAUAUUGUCAUGACUGUGUACUUUGAUUUAAGCAGAAGAAUGGGAUACUUCACUAUUCAAACAUAUAUCCCUUGCAUAUUAACAGUUGUGUUAUCCUGGGUAUCAUUCUGGAUAAAAAAAGAUGCCACUCCAGCAAGAACAGCAUUAGGUAUCACCACUGUAUUGACAAUGACAACAUUAAGUACCAUAGCAAGAAAGUCCUUACCAAGAGUUUCAUAUGUCACCGCCAUGGAUCUAUUUGUGACAGUCUGUUUCUUAUUUGUAUUUGCGGCACUUAUGGAGUAUGCAGCGCUUAAUUAUUACUCGAGUUGUAAAAAGCCGAGAAGUAAAAAGAAAAAAAAAUCGAACUAUUCUGCACUGGAUAUGAGACCUCCCCCAACUGUCAUCACUUUGAACAAUGCCAUGUACUGGCAAGAAUUUGAAGAAGCAUGUGUCUAUGAGUGUUUGGAUGGUAAAGACUGUCAAAGCUUCUUUUGUUGUUAUGAUGAAUGUAGAUCAGGCUCAUGGAGAAGAGGUCGGGUACAUAUAGACCUUUUAGAAUUGGACUCCUACUCCAGAGUGUUUUUUCCAACAUCAUUCUUGUUAUUUAACCUUGUAUACUGGGUUGGAUAUCUCUACCUAUGAAGACUUAUAUUGUGAAGACUGCUUUUAUUUAAAUUAUUCAUACAAAAAAACCUAAAGGAUAUAAAAGACUUUCUUCAUACUGACCAGGAAAUUCUUUGGAAUACGUUUGUUGAGGACAAAGCAAGAACAAGGACUCUAUUUAAAGAGUUUAAUUGUGAAAUGUUAUUACUAAUGCCUAAAUACUUUUUAUCACAAGUUAAGGCUUAUACAUUCUUAUAUACUAAAAUCUAUAUUUGGCAUAGAAAAUUAUACUGGAAAAGUACCAUGAAAUUAUAUUGUAAAUUAAAACUGAACAAAAAUACCACAACAUCCUUUUAUUAAAAGUAUCUUUAAUUUCUAUACAAUUCUAUAUAAAAUAAAGAACAUUUUUAUCAAAAAGCACAAACAAUUUUGGAAGUUGUUUUUUUUUUCUAGA